AUGGUGACCAAAUUAACACCUCUGCAACAGGAGCUGUUGAACGCCCUGGUUGGGUCUGGGAUCUCCAAGCAGACCCUGGUUGAAGCUCUCCGUGAACUCGAUGCCUACCAACCGGUCAAGGGCGAUGAAGGCCAGUGCUCGACCAUCAGCAUGCUCCCCAACGAGGGCACCAAAGCCGAGCUGCUGCCGGUCUCAGGCAACGGCCAGCACCCGGCCAAGCUCUCCGGCGACGAGAGCUCAGAAGACGGCGACGACGACUACGACACCCCGGCGAUACUGAAAGAAGUUGACAACCUCAGCCCCGAAGAAGCGGCCCAGCAAAGAUCAAUAGUAGAACACCUCCUACAGGAGGACCCGUGGAGGGCGGCGAAGAUGAUCAAGUGUUACAUGCAACAGCACAACAUCCCGCAGCGCGAGGUGGUGGACACGACCGGCCUGAACCAGUCCCACCUGUCCCAGCACCUGAACAAGGGAACGCCCAUGAAAAACCAGAAGCGGGCCGCGCUCUACACCUGGUACGUGCGCAAGCAGAGGGAGAUCGUGCAGCAGUUCAGCCAACCCACACAGAAGAUGGGACAAAAUGUGGGUGGGAACAGACAGCAGCUGUUUCUCUUUGCAGACUUCAACAACUCAGCCCAGGGAACAUCGGGGGAAGAACUCGUCGAAGAGCCAGCCAGCAAGAAGAUGAGAAGAAACAGGUUCAAGUGGGGGCCUGCUUCACAGCAGAUAUUGUUUCAGGCCUAUGAGCGACAGAAGAACCCGAGCAAGGAGGAGCGAGAGGCCUUGGUUGAAGAGUGCAACAGAGCGGAGUGUAUACAGCGAGGGGUCUCGCCAUCCCAGGCCCACGGGCUGGGCUCGAACCUGGUCACUGAGGUGCGGGUCUACAACUGGUUUGCCAAUCGACGGAAGGAAGAAGCUUUCCGGCACAAGUUGGCGAUGGACGCCUACGGCCCUCAGCAAACGCACGCAGUGACCCCCUUGACACUCCACAACAACUCACCCCUCCAACCAAGCGCUUUGUCACCCAACAGGUUACACGGAGUGAGAUAUGGGCAGCAAACGGCCAAUGACAUCGCGCCUCAAUCUGUCAGUCACCACGGCAACAGCACCCUGGUGACAACUCACACGAUCCUCCAACCUGUUUCACCUCCGGGACUGGAACCCAGCUCCAGUCUGUUGACCACCGACACUAAACUGAUCGCGACGUCGGGUGGAACGCUCCCUCCUGUCAGCACGCUGACCGCCCUGCAUGGGCUGCAUCACAACCCGCACACUGUGGCCCAACAGACCCAGAACCUCAUCAUGGCUUCCUUACCAAGUGUCAUGGCCAUUGCACCCAGCGACUCAACCUGCCUCUCACCAGCACUGGCUAACGGAGGGGCUUCGGCACUGGUCAUUGGUCUCGCCACGACUCAGGCCCAGAAUGUUCCGGUUAUUAACAGCGUGGGCAGCAGCCUGACAACCCUUCAGCCCCUCCAGAUUCCCCAGCAACUGCAUGCCCACCACCAGCAGCCUCUCAUGCACCAGGUGCAAGGACACAUGGCCCAGAGCUCAUUCAUGGCUACAAUGGCGCAACUGCAAAACCCCACACGGAUUCUUUUUCUUUAUGCAGCUGUUUACAGUCACAAGCCAGAACUGUCGCAGUACCACACCAGCCUCUUCCCACAGACCAUGGUCUUUACGGACGCCAGCAAUCUCAGCAGCCUGACCGGUCUUCCCAUGGCAAAGCAGGUCCUCACGCUUAAUUCAGAAAUCCAGCCAGAAAACCAGAUCCACACAUCCGUGCAACAACUGCCACUUCAAAGCCUCGAUGGUUCCAUUCAACACAUCCACCGGGUUUCCUCUAAUCCUGCGAUUACCACAGUCUCUUCAGGGAGCCUCGUGAUGUACCAAAACACUCAGUCAGUAGACGGUCACACCCACCUGUUAUCGCCCGGUCAAAGCAGCAUCGAAACCUUCAUCCCACACCAGGUGGUCUCCACCGCUCCGUAACCGUGCCAACACGAAGCGAAGCAGUAGCAGAAGCAGACUCUCUCGGAUAAUACAGCGGGAUCCAACCAAUCUUCAGCUGUGUGACCGAUAGUCUUCGAGCAAACAUCGCACGCAGAUUGUACCUGCAUAUUAUUUUUGUCUAAAGAAUUACUUUAUUAUCGAGGGUUGUUUUGAGAGUUGUUGUUGUGCAAUAAUUUUUAAUGAAAAUCCUCAAAUUGUGUAUCGGAUAAUUCAAGAGCUACAUAAGGUGGAACGAGUUUGACACAGGCAUGGAUGUGGUGGGGAGAGGAGAGAACUACACGCCAGAUCCUCCCAUUGUUUAAUGCUCGAGUGAUAUUUAGCAGUCAAACCUGCAUUUUGUGCUGCCAUUUUAUUCACAUAGAUUUUAUAAUAUGAACUUAAUUUAAGCAAUGAUUUUUGACAAACCUCUUCACAUCAAACAUAUAUAUUUUUUUCCUUUUGAUUAUAAAAAUAUAAAAAAAUAUUUAACUCACCAAAUUGUGACAUUGCAGCUCACAUUGUAAACAUUAGCGGUUCACUUAUAAAUUGCAAUAUAUACAGUAUUAAAGUACAUCUUCUUUGUAUGACUGCUGUGACUUUCAUUUUAUUUGAUUGAAUCUCAUUUUAUAAAACGGUGGUACUUCCCCCCAACUCAUCGUAUCCCCGAGUAACUCUUGCCUGACUUGGUAUUUCUGGCCCAGAGGGUUAAAAAAACAAGAACGGGAUUCAUGUUACCUGAGGAUUUCAACCUUUGACCCAGAGGUUUUUUGGCUUAUUAGUGCACCGUGUCUACCAAUGAGGGCAAAGGGUGAAGGUCAAAGGGCAAAUUACCAGCAUACUUCCCCCAGAUCAAUAGUGAGCCACGUUUAAGGACACAAUCCCAAUACAGGCAAAUGUGAUUAGUGUAGAUGGGGGGAAAGGUCAGCAACGACAUGGAAGGCCAAAGGUUUCUGUGCUCGUAAGUUCAUAUGUCAAAGGAACAGGAUUAGGCCAUUCGGCCCAUUGAGUCUACUCCACCAUUCAAUCAUGGUUGAUCUACCUUUCCCUCUCAAACACAUUCUCCUGGCUUCUCCCCUUAACCUUUGAUGCCCUUAUUAAUCAAGACUGAUUAAAAGUGCUGUAUAACUCGGGGCGGCACGGUGGCGCAGAGUUAGAGUUGCUGCCUUACAGCGCCAGAGACCCGGGUUCAAUCCUGACUGCGGGGUGCUUGUCUGUGCAGAGUUUGUAUGUUCUCCCCGUGACCUGCGUGGGUUUUCUCCAGGAUCUCCGGUUUCCUCCCACACUCCAAAGACGUACAGAUUUGUAGGCUGAUUGGGUUGGCGUCAUCGUUAAUUAUCCCUCGUGUGUGUAGGGUAGUGUAAGUGCGCAGGAAUUGCUGGUCGGCGCGCACUCGGUUGCCUGAAGGGCCUGUUUCCGCGCUGUAACGGUAUACUAAACUAAACUGCAUGACGCUAAUUACAAUUAGAUGAUUCUGAUGGCAUGGCACAUCUUCUAAUGUUCAAAAUUUGACGACAGAUGGCGCAAUGGGCUAAGUGUUCGGCUGGCGACCGGAAGGUAGCCGGUUCGAAUCCCGCUUGGAGUGCAUACUGUCGUUGUGUCCUUGGGCAAGACACUUCACCCACCUUUGCCUGUGUGUGAAUGUGUGUGAGUGAUUGGUGGUGGUCGGAGGGGCUGUAGGCACAGAUUAGCAGCCGCGCUUCCGUCAGUCUGCCCCAGGGCAGCUGUGGCUACAGAAGUAGCUCACCACCACCGAGUGUGACUGAGGAGUGAAUGAAUAAUGCGAUGUAAAGCGCCUUGAGUAUCUAGAAAGGCGCUAUAUAAAUCCCAUCCAUUAUUAUUAUUAUUAAAAUCAGGUUUCAAAGCAGACACUCGGAACUCCAUCACUACAAGAGGCUACCAGAAGAUCAGAGGAAACACUUCAAGGAUGUUUUCAAGGUCUCCUUGAAAAUAAUAUUGAUCCUCACUGAUUGAUCUCUGUGGGAAUAUCCGGCAUAGUUUAGGUUUGAGAUACAGCCUGAAAACAGGCCCUAUGGCCCAGAGUCCACAU